GGGUGCGAAAGGACGUUUAUCACCGUGAGCGCGUUAUUCUCCCAUAACCGAGCCCACUUCAGAGAGCAAGAGCAAUUCUCCUGUUCGUUCCCCGGCUGUAACAAGCAGUACGACAAAGCCUGCCGCCUGAAAAUCCACAUGCGGAGCCACACAGGUGAAAGGCCUUUUAUCUGUGACUUUGAAGGUUGUGGCUGGUCUUUCACCAGUAUGUCCAAGCUACUGAGACAUAAAAGGAAACACGAAGAUGACAGAAGGUUUAUGUGUCCAGUAGAAGGCUGUGGGAAGUCCUUCACAAGAGCAGAACACUUGAAAGGCCAUAGUAUAACUCACCUUGGUACAAAACCGUUUGAGUGUCCAGUAGAAGGCUGUUGCGCAAAAUUCUCAGCACGAAGUAGUCUAUAUAUUCACUCCAAAAAGCAUCUUCAGGAUGUGGACUCGUUAAAGACUCGCUGCCCUGUAUCCAGCUGUAAUAAAUUGUUCACUUCCAAACACAGCAUGAAGACACAUAUGGUAAAACAGCACAACUUCAGCCCAGAUCUCCUAACUCAGCUCGAAGCAACCAGCUCCCUCACACCCAGCAGUGAACUCACUAGUCCGGGACAAAGCGAUCUCAGCAACAUAGACCUCGUAUCCCUCUUCUCCAAUGUGUCUAGUAACAAUUCUGGAAUUACAACAGACAUGGCACUAGUGAACUCUGGGAUUGUCACGAUAGACGUUGCUUCAGUGGGCUCAACGCUCGGAGGAAACCUGCCUGUCAGUAACAAUUCUUUAAGUCAGGCAGUUGAUCCCUUGAUAUUGGUGGCUAGCAGUGAUAUGCCGCAGAGCCUGGACAGUUCUCUCUUGCUGGGAACCAGUGCAACAGUUCUACAGCAAAGCACUUUAAAUUUGGAUGAUGUACAGACUGUCAAUGCAGAAGCCUUGGGGUCGUUAGCAUCUCUAUCAGUGAGGAAUUCCAGUCAAGAUGUGCACGGUUUGACCUCCAGCAAUAAUUUAACGAUUGACACAGCCACUUUGACUCCUUCUAGUAGCCUCGGUGGUACCAAUGUGCCUGAGUUACUAACGCCAACUAAAGUUGAACGAAAUUUGCUUCCCAGCUCGGAUGUUGUUGGUCAACAAGAGGGCAGCAAAGUAGUGACUCAGUUUGUUUUCUCCAACCCUCCAGGAAGCUACAGUGCUCAGAAAGAAAUGGAUCUUAGCACAGUGACUGGCAGCUCGUUUUUGGAAAGCGGUGGGUCUGCGAGAACAGAUUACAGAGCCAUUCAGCUAGCCAAGAAAAGAAAACAGAAAGGGAAUGGGAGCAGCACAGGGGCAUCUGGCUCUGGUCAGAGGAAAAGCAAGGGCGGUAAAGUAAGCCCUACCAGCUUUUCAUCAUCCACUCCUGGCGGUCGACUGGGUAACAACAUUGUUCUGCCAAACGGAGGGCUGACAAUAAGGGACCCUGCCACUGGAGCGCAGUAUGUGCAAAUUCAGCUUCUUCAGGAUGAUCCCUCAGGAGAGGGAGAUUUGCCCUUUCAACUUAGCUCUCAGUCUUCCUCGUCACAUUCUCAGCUUACAGUGGAUUUACCUGUUCACAUACUUCAGGAGCCGCACAAUUCCACUGAAGAUGAUGCAGGUUCUGAUAACUCUCAGUUCACUGGAAGCACAAUAAACUUACAGGAUCUGGAAUGACCGUUAUUAAGAACAGUUACUUGAAAACAAAUUGGCCAAUCAUGUCUCGACAGAGUGAGAUAACUGUGUGGGUCUUUUUCCAAGGAAAAUAUGAAAACUAGGAGUACUGGAUUAUGGUUGCACUCUUUGCAAUUUGCUAAGGACAGUUACAGCUGAAAGAUUUUUCUUAAAAUAUGUAAAUUCUACUUGAUGUGCCUGUGUAAGAUACUCUGUCUGCCUGGUGGUCAGCGAGGCUGAGGCAGGCUGCUGUUCAGUGUUGUUUCAGGGAGAAGUACUGUAUUAAACUUCAAACUGAGGUAAUAUUUACUGUUUUCACAGGAAAGCAAGUAUUCUACAGCUAACACAUACAAAAUUUAUAAUCCUGACUAUAACAGUUCAAACUUUCCUUCUGUUGGUGUCCUGCUGGAGCCAGUGGCAUUGAGGAAUUAAGAGCAAAUUUUUUAAAGUGUUUUCCACCCAAGAAGUAAUUGUUUCAGUCCCUGUGUGCUGGCAGAAAACUGGAAGAAGAUAUCCUAUGUAACAAAAUUAACGUCCAAUGCCAUGAAGAUGAGAAGCUCCAAAAUCUUUGUUUUAGAAAACUAGAUUCUAAAUAUUAACUUAGCUGUGAAUCAGUUUGUAGCUCAUGUUGAGUUUCUCCCUUUCUUUGCUCCUACUCCCAAAUAAUCUGCUGAAUUCUUCCAGCAACGCUUGAAAAAGAAAACUGCAAUAGAACUGUACUCACUGUAAGUGGUUACCUAGGAGUCCAACAGCAUCUGAGAGAGGUUAGUUCCCUUUUUGGGAGGAAUGUUGACAGUCACUUAAAUUUAAGCACCUUGAUUAUGUCUCAUACAUAAAACUGCUGCCAAGUUACCUGUGAACUGGCCACUAUCUUCUUAUUUUAUUUUUUCAAUUGAACAUUGUUAACACUUGUUCUUUAUUGAUAUCCCAGAAUAUCAUGUGAACGUGGAGCUUCCGGCUGGUUUACAGAAUGUGCAGUUGUUAGACUUCCUCGAGAGGGGCAAAGAAUUGUUACCUGGGAAGAUUUGCCCCAUUGAGAAACUGCAGUUUCUAGUGGGCAGUGGGGGAGAGGGAGGAGAAGGUUGUAUGUACUGUACUUAUCUGGAUUGCAGACACCUAAGUAAGCAUAGGGUUGUAUAGGAGGAAAAAAAAAAACCCUUUGGUUACAUUUUAAGGUAGUAAUUUAAAUGUUUCUUAUGGUGAUGUACUCGAUGCCUAUAAAAUUAUGUAUAGGAGUUUGAUAAAAGGGUGUAUGUACUGUUUUUUAUUCUCAAUGAGGUGUGUGUGUGUAUGCACGUAUGUGUAUAUUUUUUACGAAAUAAGAUAUGUCAUGCAGAAGAACAUUGUGAUCUUUCUAAUCUUGCACAUAUUUAUUUAUUUUACAGUUAUACUGAUGUUGAAUUCACCCGAGGUCAUUCAGAAAUGCUUUUACUUCCUGUGCCUUUUGAACUAUGUAUGUGUCCAGAUAAAAGCUUUUUGUUGAAGACUUGAG